AAGCUGCUAAAGCCAUACCCAGCUGAACGGACGGGACGGACGGCGGAGAAACCCGCUUUCAUAUCAGCACCAGCUGUUGCCGUAAACAGACCGCGUAUUAUUAAUACACGAAGCCAGAAAACACAACCGUUCUAUUUUUGUUUACGAGUUUUCUUCUUUCUCUUGGUGCCAACUACACUAUUGUAUGUAGCUGUUGUUGUUUUUGUUGUUGUUACUGUUGUUGAUGUUGGUGUUAAUACACCAGAGAGUCGUGACGACGAACGACGGCGGAGCUUGAUGCGGGAUAGUGGUACCGACUUGUUUUCUUGGACGAUCAGCCAAUAGUAUGCGCCAGAAGUUACGCGAGGAAACACUUAUUCUCAAGCCCCCCGAAAGAGCAAAGUGGCUGACCAGCAGGAAGCAGAGUGCUCUAAACCGUCCGUCCAGCAAGCCAUUACAGCAGUCUUCUUGCAUUCAGGAGGAAGUCCUCAGACAGAAGAAGUUGAAUGUGUUACAACGCGCGUGGUGACGACGUUCGCGCUGUUAGCAGAAGUGUUGUUAUUGUUGCGCAGCCCUGUUUCGGAAGUCAACGCGUAGUAGUCCGAGGGGUUCGGUUCAGCAGGCAGUGAUUCAGUGAAUGUAGAGCACGAGACGUCACUGCUUUUUUGGCGAAAUCGAGAGCUGCGAAAUAAAAUUUAUUGUGCGUAGUUCGUUGUGGACCCGCUGAUUGAUAUUAGAGAGUUUGCGAUUUUGCGUGGUGCCCCACAGAAACCGUUGUUUUCCUGGAUAUAGUGGAAGAAGAAAGGAAAGGUAGUUAAGUCAGUGCGAGGUGUAGUGUCUGCCUGCAGCGCCCAGAGCGAAGAGAGAGGCCAUACGACGACGACCGGGUUAGUCUGUGGUAAACCACCCAAUAAGACGAAAUAAGUAUAUAGAAGUAUAGUGAGUGAACCGUUAAUUCAGUGUGCCAAGUGUCGUUGCUUUUUGUUUUGCUUGCUGCCACAACACAAGCAGCUUUGUGCAGAGAAAGUUUGGGAUAAUGGGAUUUGGAUUUUACGACUGAAGCUGAUGGGUUUCGAUUUCCUGCGUAUGUGGAGGAGGAGAUCAGACGUAUUGAAGGCCUGGAACGUCAGUGAUUUGCCGCAUUUUCAAUUGAGAUUGCAGUUCGAUCACAGCUUGACAGCUUGUAAACAUCAACUACAGUUCCAUAGCCAACAGCUGUUAACAACGAUAACCUACAACAGAACAAAGCACAGUACAGUAGAAAAACAUUUACAGUGAUUGUGAAACGAUUGUCGCAAUCGAGUGUAAGCACACUCUCGAAUAAACACACCAAAGCUCAAAACGGAUGACAGCGUAGCGUGCGGUCCGAUAGUGCCCCCACGUAUUCAAAGUGAGCUCACGGAUUUGGUCCGGACAAACAGUGGCAGCAGCGGUCAGCAGCUGGGCCGCGGAGACGGAUGUACAUAUCCCUGUUUAAUCUACUGUUCGAAGAAGCGGCCAACGUAGGGCACGCAAACGGGCAAUCAUCGUCGUCAUCAUCGUCAGGAAGUGGCAAUAUGGUGAAAACGUUCCAAGCCUAUCUACCGCCAACGAACCGAACGUAUUCCUGUGUCCACUGCCGGGCACACCUAGCUAGUCACGAUGAGCUUAUAUCGAAAUCGUUCCAGGGCAGCCAGGGACGGGCGUAUCUGUUCAACUCGGUGGUCAACGUCGCUUGUGGCCAAGCCGAGGAACGCGUCCUAUUAACUGGCUUACACGCCGUAGCCGACAUUUACUGUGAAUGCUGUAAAACGCCUUUAGGAUGGAAAUACGAGCACGCUUUUGAAUCUAGCCAGAAAUACAAGGAGGGAAAGUACAUCAUAGAACUAGCUCACAUGAUCAAGGAGAACGGCUGGGAUUGAUCGCCAAGCCAUUGCUGUAAUCGCGUCAACUAGAUUAGUCAAUACUGGUAAAAAUCGCAAAAAAGCAAAAUCCCGCAAUCCAAUAGUGCGCGAACCCAGCGGGAAGGAAGUCUUCGGAAUGACAACUUUCCUGCAUCCUCUUUCCACGGCACAGUCAGUGUAUCUCCUAGUUCUGAAGUCUCUGUCCCCGCAAGGAGGUCCCCCGGCGGAGGAUCAACCCAAGCAAACCCUAGAUCAAAAGCGUAUAUCCGUGCGUAGCUGUUCUGUCAUUUCCUGCAUCUGCGUUUUAUCCUAUUACAAGUAGAUCUUUCUCUAUAACGUGUUCGUUCCAUUCACACUCACCAACGCAUAUAUGUACUAAAUCCAUCGUAUAAUGAUUGAAGUAUCGAACGGUAUCGUAACAGCCGUGCAUUAGAUUGGGAUUAUUUUUAAUUGUCAAACAUUCUGUAAACCAUUCUUAAUUUUACCUGCGAGAACCACGUACACGAUUUAAAACAAGAGAAAUAAUAAUUUAGUUUAGAAACCUAACUCUUUCAAAUCCCUUUUGUAGCAGAGAAGUAAAAGAGGAAACAUUUUAUUUUCCUGAGAUAGCGAGAAGAUUAACACUAUUUUAUGGAUUAGUGAUGAGAUGACUACGAUCGACGAGUGGUAGAUGAAGCAGAUAUAGCGAUGUUUGUGACGGAUUGAGUAAACCACGUGGGGAUUGGGAUCCCUGAGCGCAGCGAGAAGGGAUCCGUGUAGGGUGGAAGAUGAGCGAAGGCAGAGAGAUGGUACGCGAGAGAGAAAAUGCGAGAGUGAUAUUAGUUUUACGAAUGUUUCAAGUGAGAUAACAUUUAUAAUAAAUCGUAUUUUAGUCGAAAUAUACACGUCUAAGAAAACUAGCUUUAGUUCUACGAAAGGAAACAAAACUGAAAGGAGGAAGACGAAGAAGACAAACACUUAUGGUUUUAUAAAUCACAAGUUUAGAUAAAUGCAAUGGAACGAAUGCAAAACCAAGCAAAAAAGCAAAUAAAAACAAACAGCUGUUGUAACGCCUGUCGCCGAGCAGUACUGUUACUUCUGUUUCAGUUUUAUUCUUUUUGGAUAGCGAAUGUGAUCAAUACAUGUAUAAUAUUACGAUUAUGAUGUAUUUUUUUAAUAAAACAAAAUAUUUUUGUAUUCCAA